CUACCUGUGCCCAGGCCCAUGUCCACCAAAAAAAAAAAGAAGAAAACACGAAAAUUAUCACCACCAACUGGGUUUUCUCUUGUAGUAGUUGGUCUCUCUAGCUCCACAAGCUCCACAAUUGCAAUAUCAGCACCUGACUUCGCAGAGAUGAUGAAUGUAUAAUACCCUCAAGUAAGCUACUUUGUUGAAUAAUCGGUGUGUCUUCUUUUUUCCCAAUUAAUUUUCUCAUCCUCUCUAUCAAUAAAACAUUAUUGUGCUGAAAAAUAAAAUUCCCUUGAUGGAGUCUGUUCAGUCUAAUUUUCUUGAAGAUAUCUUCGAUUCUUCCCUGAAUCUAGAAGAAACCCACAUGAAGGAAGGCUUCAAAGAGGGUUAUAAUGAGGGUCUGGUUGCUGGCCGUGAAGAUGCUCGACAGCUAGGUCUGAAACUGGGUUUUGAAACUGGGGAGUUGCUAGGAUUCUACAGGGGUUGCGUCUGUAUCUGGAACUCAACUAUUCGAGUCUGUAUCUCGCCCCAGCUCCAAAAGCAUAUCAGAGAAUUUGAGGAGUGGAUUGACAAGUACCCACUUUUAGACCCAGAGGAUGAGAGUGUUGAUAAGAAGAAAGAUGAUUUGAGGGUUAAAUUCAAUGUUAUAUGUGCAUCUUUGGGUGUGGUAAAGAAGAAAUUAGAAUAUAAAGGAUACCCAAAGGUUUCUAGCGAGCUUGAUUUUUGAAUGGGGCUCUUUGUUUUGGGUUUUAUUAGUGAUUUGUAGUAGAGGUUUUAUUGUGUAGCACUUGAAAUUUACUUGCUUAAUCAGUGUAUGGUUUUUUAGUUAAUUUGAAUUCUGAAAGUGGAUCUUUAAGAUUGUUCCUUUCAGCCACAACUUUGGUUGAGUGCA